UGAGAACACAGCUGGACCGGAAAGGGCGGGGCUUUCCGAACUCUCCUGUACCUUGUUUAAGAUGUCUCCCUAACAACCGAUGCAAGCGUCAAACAGCAGAAGUUUUCGCUGGACAAACGUUGCGAGUCGGGAUGGCUGCGACCGGCGAGGGAAAGAAAGAAGAGGCCGACUACAAGAGACUGCACAGCUUCCCUCUCAUCAGACACACAGACAUGCCAGAGGAAAUGAGGGUCGAGACGAUGGAGUUGUGUGUAACAGCAUGCGAGAAGUUUGCUACAAAUAAUGAAAGUGCGGCAAAGAUGAUCAAGGAGUCCAUGGACAAGAAGUUCGGAAGCUCGUGGCACGUCGUGAUUGGUGAGGGCUUCGGCUUUGAGGUCACGCAUGAAGUGAAGAACCUGCUCUACAUGUUCUUCGGCGGGAGCCUGGCCGUCUGUGUGUGGAAGUGCUCUUAGCGCCUCCUGCUGGGUGCCCCCGGCUCGCUGAUGCGGUCGCUAUGCUGGAAACAAACACCAGCUGCCAGCUGGACACUGGUUCUCGUUUGUGUUGUGGCAGACCAGUUUGUCCAAGCUACCGGCCGCUGUGGCAGAGAAAGAAGUGCUCGGCCAUGAAUAAAAUAACGCGGGAUGGGAAAUAACUUUUAAGAGGAGUUCAGACUGUGACUGUCACUUUGCCUGGUAGAGAUAAAAAUGGCUUCUUCCCUUUUUCUGCCACCGCUCAUUUCGUUUUAUACCCUCCAUUUAAGCCACGUUCUGUUCCUGAACAUCAUCUCGAGUGAUUGUGCGUUUGCAUGUGCAAGUGAAUUCAACUUCUCCAACACAGCUACAGCCAGCCAGGGUCUCCAAAGUCCUUUAUCCUUCUUUUACUUCAGGGAGUGCAUGCGUGUGUGAAUUAGUGAUUGCCGGGUCGGUGUGUGCUGGACACACAUUUUUUCCUGAAAAAAAAAACAACAAAAUUGUAACGUCACCUUCCUCGUCGGUUUUGUGCAGAGUUUAUUUAACGUUUUUUUUUUUCCCGUCCAUGCCACCCCAAACGUUUCACGCGUGUCUUUCUCUCAACAACAGCACUACUUUCAAUAAAUUUUGUAAGAUUUUUUAUGUGUACAUAUUUUAAUGCAACUUGAAAGACUUCUUUUUAAAGACCAGUGUCGUCUUCUUACGACUAAGGGCUCAGAGUGUCCUGAGCCGAACAAACACUAAACCCGAUUCCUUGUUUCUCCUUGCUGAGGUGUGUUCAAAGGCUGAAUAAUAUCACCCUGCUGGGUGACUAUAGCAUUGUGAUUGUCUCCUGUUGAUGCCAGUUAUGAUGGACCAGUGCUACGGACCAUUAUUUGUGAAUCUACCUGAUUGUACAAUAAAUUGAAAUGUGGAGAAACUUGAA